AUGGCCCCAGGAGGCAUCAUCUACAAGGAAGAGAUCGAGCCACGCAUUGCAUAUUUGGAUUAUGAUACAGGCCAUACGGCAACUUCUAAUGCUGAUUUAAGAGGCUCCCCUUUCAGAAAUCUGGGAAAACAAUCGAGUAGUAACGUGCAAGACCUUCUUGAAUGUCCUGUUUGCUUCACUAUAAUGUAUCCUCCAAUUUUCCAGUGCCCAAAUGGCCACACUCUAUGUUCACAAUGCAGGGCGAGAGUAAAGAACGCUUGUCCAAUUUGCCGUGGAGAGCUAGGAACUAUAAGGUGCUUGGCUCUGGAAAAAAUUGCCGAGUCAAUAGAACUCCCUUGCAAAUACCAAAGUAUGGGAUGUUGUGACAUAUUUCCCUACUACAGCAAGCCAAAGCAUGAAAAGAACUGUAAACAUCGUCCAUACAAUUGCCCAUAUGCUGGAGCUGAAUGUUCUAUCACUGGUGACAUCCCACUCCUCAUCAAGCAUCUCAAGAAUGAUCACAAGGUUGACAUGCAUGAUGGAUGCACCUUCAAUCACAGAUAUGUCAAGUCUGAUCCCCGAGAAAUCGACAACGCCACAUGGAUGUUAACUGUUUUUAAUUGUUUCGGCCGACAGUUUUGCUUGCACUUUGAGACUUUUCUUAUAGGAAUGUCACCUGUUUACAUGGCCUUCCUGAGAUUCAUGGGUACUGAAGACGAAGCAAGGGAAUUUAGUUAUAGUAUUGAAGUUGGUGGAAAUGGCAGAAAGCUUACAUGGCAAGGAGUUCCCAGAAGUAUAAGGGAUAGCCAUCAGAAAGUUAGAGACAGCCAAGAUGGACUGAUCAUUCAGAGAAACUUGGCACUUUUCUUCUCCGGAGGGGAUCGGCAGGAGUUAAAACUGAAAGUUUCCGGACGGAUAUGGAAAGAACACGCAUCCGCAGCUGCUAAAACCCUAAACCCUCUCACCACCACCAAAAACCACAGAGAAAUGAUCAUAGCUAGAAACCUCUCUGCUUCAAAAACAAAACUCCAGCCUCUCUCAUCUCUCUACUUUCUUGCUCAAUCACCGUUAACACCAUCAAAACCCCAUAAUUACUAUUAUAAUUUAUACACCCAAAACCCCACCAAAACGAAUUGUUUUUUCUCUUCAAAACCCACUAAUUCAAACCCACCAAAGCACCAAACUUUCCUUUCUUUGCCUCUUACCCGAGAUGGAAAUUACGACGAGGCCACACCUCCGGCCACCGUCUGCCCUGGCUGUGGGGUCCACAUGCAAGACGCAAACCCAAAACACCCUGGUUUCUACAAACAACCAUCAAUUAAAGAUCCGGAUUACAAGUCUGACACCAACUUAGUACCCAUCUCGCUAGAGUCAGAAUUUUCAAGUUCCCUUAAAAGGGGUUUGUUUGUUGAACCUGGUAAGCAAAAACCAGAUCUUGAUUUGACUGAAAAUGAAUCAGUUUUGGAGAAAAGGCCGCCUGUAGUGUGUGCUAGGUGUCACUCUUUGAGACAUUAUGGGAAAGUUAAGGACCCAACUGUGGAGAAUUUGUUGCCUGAUUUUGAUUUUUAUCAUACAGUUGGUAAGCGUUUGGUUUCGAGUUCUGGAGCCCGGACUGUGGUUCUUUUGGUGGUUGAUGCAGUGGAUUUUGAUGGGUCGUUUCCCAAAAGAGUGGCUAAGUUAGUUUCGGAUUCGAUUGAGGAAAAAUUCACUGCUUGGAAAGAAGGGAAGUCAGGAAAUGUGGCUAGGAUUGUCCUUGUAGUUACUAAGCUUGAUUUGUUGCCUAGUUCAGUGUCGCCGAUAGGAUUUGAAUAUUGGGUUAGGCGAAGAGCGAGGGAAGGUGGUGCUAGUGUGAUAAAGAAAGUGCAUUUUGUGAGUUCGGUGAGGAAUUGGGGGUUGAAGAAUUUGGUUGAUGAUGUGAUUGAAUUGGCAGGUGCUAGAGGUCAUGUAUGGGCUGUGGGGGCACAGAAUGCAGGGAAGAGUACGCUGUUGAAUGCAAUGGCGAAGUGUGUUGGUGGCAAGGAAAGGAAGGUUAGUUAUUUGACGGAGGCUCCUGUACCAGGAACAACGUUGGGGAUUGUUAGGGUGGAAGGUGUUCUUCCAGGGCAGGCAAAGUUAUUUGACACUCCGGGGCUUUUGAAUCCACGGCAGAUUACGACAAGGUUGAAUAGGGAGGAGCAGAGGCUUGUGCAUAUCAGCAAGGAGUUGAAACCUAGGACUUACAGAAUCAAGGAGGGUGAUUCAAUUCAUAUUGGUGGACUCAUGAGGCUGGAUAUUGACGAAUUAUCAGUAGAUUCUCUAUAUGUCACAGUGUGGGCAUCUCCAUAUCUUCCAUUACAUAUGGGCAAAACGGAAAAUGUAAGCACCAUGGUAGAAGACCAUUUUGGUCGUCAGUUACAGCCUCCAAUUGGGGAUAAGCGAGUCAAAGAGCUUGGAAAAUGGGUGAGACAGGAAUUCCGUCUCUCUGGGAACAGCUGGGAUUCAAGUUCUGUAGAUGUUGCUGCUGCUGGUCUUGGUUGGUUUAGUAUUGGACUCAAAGGAGAGGCAAUCUUGGGUGUUUGGACAUACGAAGGAGUUGAUGUUGUUCUUCGCAAUGCUUUAAUUCCUAAUAGAGCUCAUACUUUUGAAGUAACAGGAUUUACUGUGUCGAAAAUUGUCUCGAAGGCUGACCAGGCUUUGAAUAAAUCUCUGAGCCAAAGUGAAAAGGAGAGGAAACAAAGUAACCAAGAAGUAGCUGCACCGGCUGAAUCAUUAAUAUCAGCAUUUAAUACAGAUGCAAAUCCUUGCUAG